AUGUCAUUGUGGGAAAAUUCUUCUUCCACCGGUCCUUCAUCACCUGACACGAAAUUGUGUGAACACAUUUCCUACGAAUCGUGCUCGCUUCCUUCUGCUCGUCGCCUCGUUGGCAUCGCACGGUUGGGCGAAACCCUUUUCGCGGCUGCUGAAGGGUCUUUGGCCUCCAUCCGGAAGGCUCUGACGAUCGCCACCGCAUGCAACCUCUUGUCCACAAGUGGCCUCAACCCAAUCUGA